AUGGCUCCAGGCUCGCUCUCCGUCAGCAACAACCCAAUUCCAGCAUUCGCACCACCAUAUACGACGGAAACGAACGAUUUCGCCGACGUCUCUUUACUCAUUGUUACGUAUCGCACGUCCCUCGAAGAUGUAAGGAGUCUGGUUCCCGAGUUCUUGGAACUCGAGGAGGAACCUCUCGUCACGGCCAUGAUUGUUACGUACGAAAUGAGCACUGUUGGGGCUUACAACGAGUAUGUCCAUCAAGUGGAGGUUGUUUACGACGGCAAGAAGUACGACUAUUUCCUCUCGCUCAUUCUCAACAAUGAAGCUGCCAUUUUCUCCGGGCGGGAGCAAUUCGGCUUCCCUAAGACAUUCGGAAAAGUGACAUUAGAGCGGAACACAGGAACUGGCCUGCUCCUGGGCCAAGUAGAGAAGCCAGAAGGUCUUGCUGUGGCUAAUUUUGGAUUUGCGCCUUUGAAGAAACUUUCGGAGAUGCCCAAACCGGAUACACCAAAGCAGGGCUUGAACCUCCGGAUCAUUCCAUCACCCAUCGCAGGCGCUCCUGCUUCUCUGAAAGAGCUUAUUCCUAGCAACUUUGAAGUCACGGGUGGCUCAGUGUGGCUUGGUCGUGGCUCCAUCUCAUUUCCAAACACUAUGGAGCACCACCCUCUUUACCGCGUUCGAGUACUGCGGUACGAAAACUCGGUCUAUAUCCAUAAAGCAUCCGGAAUCUUGCAUGCCCCUACGGCUAUCUUCACUGUAAAGGAUUAA